CUUUUGUUUGAAAGAAAAAGCACAUAAACACAAACACAUGUUCUUCGUUGUAGCUUCCUUGGGUUAAAACUUUUCUCCUGCUUUAAAGAAGUCAAAGCUCCAAAAAAGACCCCCCAGAAAUGGAGAAUCUACCUCCUGGUUAUCGUCCCAAUGUUGGUGUUUGUCUAAUCAAUUCUGAUAAUCUGGUAUUUGUGGCUUCAAGAUUGAAUGUUCCUGGAGCAUGGCAGAUGCUACAGGGAGGCAUUGAGGAUGGAGAGGAUCCAAAGUCAGCAGCCAUGAGAGAGUUACAAGAAGAAACUGGGGUCGUUUCAGCUGCAAUCAUCGCUGAGGUUCCAAAUUGGUUGACAUAUGCUUUCCCACCAGCAGUAAAAGCAAAGGUUAACCGUCUCUGGGGCGGUGAAUGGCAUGGUCAGGCGCAGAAAUGGUUCCUAGUGAGACUGGUGAACGAUGAGGACGAAAGAGAGAUCAAUCUAGCGAACAAUGAAGCGGAUUCAGAGUUUGCAGAGUGGAAAUGGGCGAACCCGGAAGAAGUGAUAGAGCAAGCAGUUGAUUACAAAAGGCCUACAUACGAACAAGUCAUCAAGUCUUUUGGUUCUUACUUGAAUAAUUCUGAAAGAGCUGCUAAAUGUAAAUCAGCCAAGUGGUAAUAUGAAAACAUCCAAUCAAUGUUUGACUCUUUUCUUUUUGUAAAUUGGCUACUGGUGUACUGGAAGAGAUUGGUUAUAUUGUAAAAAAGUCGUUGUUUGGAUUCAAAAGCGAAGACUUGUUGUGUUUAUUAACUGACGUGUGAAGAGAAGAUUACAAAACACAGAAUGAGUUGUGUAUGUG